AUGGGGACUUUUGGGUACAUGGUGCCGGAGUACACCAACACCAGGAAAAUAACCGACCGGUCCGACGUCUUCUCCUUCGGCCUCGUGCUUCUGGAGAUCAUCACCGACAAGAGACCGAUCCUGGCCGACGAGCCCAACAAGGACGACGAGACUCUGGUCUCUUGGACUCGAAGGAGACCAUAUGCAAGGCACCUCCUCUUCGGUUGUGAGAGUGUCCAGGGGUCAUGGGUGCGGCUAAUGCCUAUGUCUGUGGCUGCACUUGACACUGCCCUCUCUUUAAGGGCACAUAUCAUUUUUUAUAACUCUGCUAUAUUUUCCCAAGUCUUUAUUAUCUUGCCUAGCCUUGUCUUGAUAUGUAUUGUUUGA